AAGAAAUGUCUAUUUUGCAGCUCAAGUGACUGCAUCAGUGGAUUAUGAUUGUUCAUCUAUUGAAAGAUGCUGCAAUCUUCUUUGCCAAGUGUUAUUCUUUAAUUUGUGUUCGAUGCGUUGAUAAACUUACUUUGGUAUUUGUGAGUGGACAGUAGAUUGAAAGAUCUGUGGUGAAAGAUGUUUGGCGCAGAGAACAUGGGUAGGUGGAUCCAAAUGCAUGAAUGGUCUCUUGGGGAAUUGGAGGUUUUAAACUGCAAUUUCAAGUUUUGCUUACCACAUCUGGGAGAUUGUAUUUUCAGUCCCUUGCGUGGAAGACAACUUUGAGAUUCUUACAUCCCAAGCAGGACGUUCAUUUACUAGACCAAUGAAGAUAAGGCAAUGGUAAUCUGUUAUUAAUCUGUUUCUUUUUUGGGAUCUUCAAAAGUCUAAUUAUGUUCCAGUUGUGUGUGAGUGGCACAUCACAUGCGGACAUGGAAACAGUUUUACGCUUGGCUCGCAUGCUAGGGGUAAAAGAUUAAGUGGGAGAAUUCCGAAAAGCCUGAGAAGUUUCUAGCUAUGGAUUUUUACUCAAUGAAGCAACAUGAUGCUGUAUGAAAGGAUGCAAUACAUCAAGUACCUGCUGCCUGCAGCGCGUGGACAUCUAUUCUGAUAAUUUGCUUCGUUUUUGAAUCCUACCACAUAUUUCAGUUAUAUUCUCUGUAUCUUUCUGCAAGAGGAACCACCGAACAGAUUUAAAGACAAUUUCAUUUUAAACAUGGUGACAUUGUUCUUUUAAGUUGUUUGCUUCUUCGGAUGGUUGUCUGGCACAUAUAAGCUUUUUGGCCGUCUGGCAUUAUUCAUGUGAUUGGAACUUUUCUGAUUUAUGAGGGUGCUUAAUCAGAGCAAGUUUUAUGUAAAUAGUGAAGGUUGUACAUAGUUAUAGGCGAAAAUAAGCCCGUCUUCUUCAGUGUAAUGAAGGUAAUGGCUCAAUGUAACAAGUGGGGUAAAUGGAACUGCUGAAGGCAUGCUAGAGCAGGGUGAUUGGAAUAUAAUGUAUUCAAAUGAGAAUUUAUCACCUUUGUUAUUUCUCAAUCUGCCACAAUCUUCAAGCGAAUCCCGGAAGGAGAGAACAGGAGAAGAACAUUCAGGCAAAUAAGAUCAAAGGCGGCCUUGGCUUUGGGCCUUGGCAGAAGGCAGCUGCAUGCAUAAGGUGUAGCAAAUUCAGACGGUGUAUCAAGGAAUAUGAUUAUAUAUUUUACAGGUAAAUCAAAUGAAACGCAUUUUUCACUCUUGGUGGAUAACAUCUUUACCUAUUUAUUAUAUGUUAAGUUCUCUUUGCAUUCAUUAAAGCUUCAUCCUCCAAACCGAUCACGAAUUAACUCCGCCAGUGAAUAAACAUCGAUUGUCUUCUUGCUUUACAACUCAAAAACAAGAAGUCUAUCUGUCCAUUCACCAUGGAUUCAAGCUUGAAUCAAAAUUUUGAUGAGGAUCGAUGGAUAAUUCAAAUCCGUCGAGCCAUUGAGGAAGAGCUUGAAGAAGACAAUGAUGUACCUGUUAGUAUUUUCAAUGUCCCCAAAACCCUCAAAGUCAGCGAUCCAGAUUGUUAUAUACCCCAACAAGUUGCAAUAGGUCCAUACCAUCAUUGGAGAUCAGAAUUAUAUGAGAUGGAAAGAUACAAGCUUGCUUCGGCCAAAAGAACUCAAAAACAAAUGCAAUCCCUCAAGUUUCAAAACGUUGUGGACCAGCUGGCAAGGUUUGAGCCUAGGAUUCGAGCAUGCUACCACAAGUACUUAGAUUUCAAUGGUGAAACCUUAGCUUGGAUGAUGGCUAUGGAUGCUUCUUUCUUGCUCGAGUUCCUUCAAGUCUAUGCCGCAAAAGAAGGUAAGGUACUAACUAGAUUGUCAUCAAGAAUGUCUCAUUUGGUUGAUAUUGCAGGAAGAAAGUCAGCACACAACGCAAUUCUCAGAGAUAUGGUGAUGCUUGAAAAUCAAAUUCCAUUAUUUUUGUUGAGGGAAAUGUUGGAACUUCAGUUUUCUUCAUUGGAGGCGGCAGAUAAUGUGUUACUGUCAAUGUUAAUUGGGUUUUGCAAGGAGCUUUUGCCAUUUAAGAUGAUGGAAGAGCUGCCAAAAUUUGAAGUGACGGAUUAUGCACAUUUGCUUGACUUCUUGUACCGUGUCAUCGUGCCUAAAUUAGAAGGGCCAUCUGAAAUCACUGAAAUUGAUGAAGAAGGUGAAAUCAAAGAAGCGGAAGAAAGUUAUUUUGGAAAGUCAAGCCACGUUAAACAAAUUGGUUAUGUGGUCUGGAACAUUAUAUCAAAGUUGAACAAAGUGUCGGUACGUCUGAUCAAAAGAAUAUUGUUUUCAAAGCCGAUUAAAGUCAUACUAAAGCUGCCCUGGACGAUCAUCUCUAAUCUACCAGUACUCAGACUCAUUAAAGCACCAAUUGAGUACUUGUGCUUCUCUCAAGAUAAAGAAAAUCAAAAGCCAGAAAAUAAGAAUUUAAACAGCACUAACAUCAACAAACCUCCACUGGUGGAGGAAAUCGAAAUCCCAUCUGUAAUCGAGCUCUCUAAAGCCGGUGUACAAUUUGUACCUACAAAUCAAGGUAUCUUGAGCAUAAGUUUUGACGACAAAAUGGCUACAUUUUGUCUUCCCAGCAUUAGUCUAGACGUGAACACAGAUGCGGUCCUGAGAAACUUGGUUGCAUACGAAGCUUGUAAUGCAUCAGGGCCAGUGGUUUUUACCCGUUACACAGAACUAAUGAAUGGGGUUGUCGAUACCGAAGAGGAUGCAAAGUUUCUGAGAGAAAAAGGGAUUAUCCUGAAUCGUUUGAAGAGUGAUGAAGAAGUGGCAAACAUGUGGAACGGGAUGAGCAAGUCUGUUAGAUUGACAAAAGUUCCAUUCUUGGAUAAAGUGAUUGAAGAUGUUAACAAGUAUUACAACGGCAGGUGGAAAAUUAAGAUUGGUAAAUUCUUAAAGCAUUAUGUAUUUGAUUCGUGGCAAUUUCUCACAUUAAUUGCUGCUAUUGUGCUCUUGUUCUUGAUGACAUUACAAGCAUUUUGCUCGGUCUAUAGCCGUGCUCGUAUAUUCCAUGUCAAACAAACUCAGUGAUUUUUGUAAUGUGAAUCUGUCCCUGUA